AUGACUAGCAGCAAUGGCUGGUGUCAGGGUGCUGGAAUAUCCACCUUUGACUCCACACGAAAGAAGACUUUGCCAGCUUGGCCUCCUAGGCAGCUACCGUUAAACAAGCUUUCUCAGUCUGUAAGGCCAAAACUUCUACCUUCCGAGAGGUGCAUUGUACCAAAGGUGACGCAAAAUCCAGAUGUCCCAGGAUGUAUUUCGAAUUCUGUCUCUUCGACUAGCUCCCCAUUAUCAGCACUUCCUCCAAAGAAGGACCUAGAGGAGUUUAUUGCAAGGUACGAACAGGGAGUAAUAAACCCAGUAUCUGCCUUGCAUCAGUUUGCACAAAUGCACCAUGUACAGCUUGAAUUGAAAGAAACUAGUGUGGCAGGCAAUAUCAUAAGGCCUUAUUUUGCCUUUUGUGCUGUGGUAGAUGGUGUUUGCUACAAGACUGGACUGGGAAGAAACAAGAAGGAAUCUAAAUUAAAUGCAGCUAAACUUGCUCUUGAUGAGCUACUUAACUUGGAGUGUACAGGGGCAAAGGCUUCUGAAAAGUCAGAUCCUCCCUAUACUCCUGCUGAGCCCCAAACUCCAGCAAACUCUGUUCGUGUUUCAAGGAUCUGUUUUGAAGGAAGACAGCUUAUAUAUCAAAAACUUUCACAAACACUUGAAGAAGUAUUUAACAGCCUGACUACCAAACAUCCUGAGUACCAAAGUUGUGGCAGUUCACUGGCUGCCUUCAUCAUUGAAAAAGGUGGACAGCAUGAAGUUGUAGCUCUAGGAACAGGAGAAUGUAAUUACAGUCAGUGCUUUCAACCUUGUGGAAGAGUGUUGCAUGACAGCCAUGCCAUUGUUAUUGCAAGACGUUCUCUACUUAGAUAUUUUUAUAGACAUCUUUUGCUGUUCUAUAAUGAAAAUCCAGCGAGGACAGAGAAAUCCAUAUUUUGCACGGCACCACGCUCAAAGCUGCUUACCCUAAAGCAAAAUACAACUAUCUUUCUCUACAUGAAUCAGCUUCCAAAAGGAACUGCUCAGUUAAAAUCACAGAUACAUCUCAAUCCACAAUCUAUAUCUGCUUACGAAACUAAUGAAGAGCUGAGUCUCCAUGUUGCUAUAGAAGGCAAGAUUUACCUAACUGUUUGUUGUCCACCUAAAACUGUUAGAGCAAGCAGUAUGUCAGCUAGUGACAAAUUAACAAAAUGGGAAGUGGUUGGUAUUCAGGGAGCGUUGCUGAGUCACUUCAUUGAACCAGUGUAUAUCAACAGUAUUCUUGUCGGAAAUGGAAAUUGCAAGGAUACCAGAGGGCUAGAAAUAGCUAUAAAGCAGCGUGUCGAUGAUGCACUUACAUCAAAGCUUCCCAUGCCUUAUCUGGUCAACAGAUCUCAUACUUACUUGGUGAAUGCUGCACAACCAAUUCAAAUAGACUUUAAACAGAGGUCUCGUAGUUUGAAUUGGUCAUUGUCGGAUGCAUCACUGGAGGUUGUGGAUGGGUUAAAUGGAAAAACCACUGAGAGUUCACCGUUCAAAAGUGGCACUUACAUGGCAAGUCGCCUUUGCAAGGCGGCAAUGUUUAGUCGUUUCAGAUUGCUUGCUAAGGAAGCAGAACGGAGUGAUUUGCUUCAACUUGCAACGUACCAUGAAGCUAAGAUUCAAUCUGAAUUGUACCAAGAAGCUAAAAACUUGCUGCAGAGCUACUUAGAGCAACAUAGUUACGGAUCCUGGAUUGUGAAGUCUCCACAUAUCGAGCAGUUCAGUGACUGA